CCCGUCUCCUGAACUUCCCUACACACCAGAUUCCACCUUACUCGCCUGCACCAAAUUGAAGGGAAGUGAACUGCAACCGGAUCAUGAUCUAGAAGAAGAGGAAAUAGAUAUAACUUCUCUCGGAUUCUUCAGGGUUACUAAGUUGGAGAGUACGUUAUAAGUUGGAGACACAGGCAACAUAAAAUUUCUUCAGGUGGAUACGACAGAUGCAGGGCAUGGUGAGGAGAUUCUCUAGGCUGGCUGCGGCGGUCAGGACGGCGGACGUGCCGAGAAUGCCGGCCUUCUACCAUGUGCCGCUUCCCUAUGACGGCCCGACCGCCGCCGAGAUCGCCCGGAAGCGCGCCAAGUUCCUCAGCCCGUCCCUGUUCCAUUUCUAUUCCAAGCCCCUGAAUAUCGUGGAGGGAAAGAUGCAGUACCUGUACGACGAGCACGGCCGGCGUUACCUGGACGCGUUCGCUGGCAUCGCCACCGUGUGCUGCGGCCACAGCCACCCGGACAUCGUGGACGCGAUCACCGCGCAGGCCAAGCGCCUGCAGCACUCCACCGUGCUUUACCUCAACCACGCCAUCGCCGACUUCGCCGAGGCGCUGGCCUCCAAGAUGCCCGGCGAUCUCAAGGUUGUCUUCUUCACCAACUCCGGGACGGAGGCCAACGAGCUCGCCAUUAUGAUGGCGCGGAUGUACACCGGCUCCCACGACAUCAUAUCUCUCCGGAACUCCUACCACGGCAACGCUGCAGCCACCAUGGGCGCGACCGCACAGAAGAACUGGAAAUUCAAUGUUAUUCAGAGUGGCGUGCACCAUGCCGUUAACCCGGACCCGUACAGAGGCGCCUUCGGCUCGGACGCUGAGAAGUACGCGCGAGAUGUGAAGGAGAUCAUCGAGUUCGGCACCACCGGCCACGUCGCUGGCUUCAUAUCUGAAGCCAUCCAGGGCGUUGGUGGCAUCGUGGAGGUCUCACCUGGUUACCUGCCCCUGGCGUACGACACCGUCAGGAAGGCCGGCGGCCUCUGCAUCGCCGACGAGGUCCAGGCGGGCUUCGCGCGCGUCGGCAGCUACUUCUGGGGGUUCGAGACCCACGGCGUGAUCCCUGACAUUGUGACCAUGGCAAAGGGUAUCGGCAACGGCAUCCCUCUGGGCGCCGUGGUGACGACACCGGAGAUUGCGCAGGUCCUGACCCGGCGCAGCUACUUCAACACGUUCGGCGGCAAUCCAUUCUGCACCGCCGGCGGGCUCGCUGUCCUCAAGGUGCUCGACAAGGAGAAGCUCCAGGAGAACGCCUUCAUCGUCGGCUCCUACCUCAAAGACCGUCUCCGUGGCCUCCAGGAGAAGCAUGAAAUCAUUGGUGACGUGAGAGGAACCGGUUUCAUGCUCGGUGUUGAGCUUGUGACCGAUCGGCAGCUCAAGACCCCGGCAAAAGACGAGAUUUGCCGUGCCAUGGAACACAUGAAAGACAUGGGUGUUCUUGUGGGAAAAGGGGGAUUUUACGGGAACGUCUUCAGGAUCACUCCCCCUCUGUGCUUCACCAAGGAAGACGCUGAUUUUUUCGUUGAUGUGAUGGACAUCGCGCUGUCAAAACUCUGAACAGGCACUUGCAAUGGGCCUCUGGCUCGGAGAUCUGAAAAUUAGGUUCUGCACUUUUGAACAAAAAAUGAAGAAUCGGUGAACGAAUCUGGCCUGAUGCAGCUUGUAUAAGACAAACUUGUAAGGAGUAUAAGAUAUUAAUUUGGCAUCGAGACGUCGAUAGUGUUUGCCUGUCUGGAGAGCAGUAUUUUGGCAAUUUUAUCUUCUAUUUGUCUUUUCACUUCAUCUUGUUUUAUGAAGUGGAGUAAUAUAGAAGGAGGUGUUGUUUUUAAAAGCUGUCUGCCAUCCAUUCAUUAUCACUACUCCUAUAAUGAGGCAAUUGGUGGCGGUGGUAUGUAAAAAAAACUCACCGCCUCUGACCAGUGCAAAUAUAGUAGCGUUUUGUCGGUUCUCCACA